AUGGCCGAGACUUAUACUACCGCCGAGGUGGGCAAGCACAAGGAUGAGGCCAACGGCUUCUGGCUCAUUGUCGAGAAUGACGUUUACGACGUGACAAAGUUCCUGGAGGAGCACCCUGGCGGCGCAAAGAUCCUCAAGCGCUGGUCCGGCAAGAACGCCACCAAGGCCUUCUGGAAGUAUCAUAACGAGGGCGUCUUGAAGAAGUACGGCAAGGACCUCAAGAUUGGUGCCGUCGGAGAGAGCGCCAAGUUGUAA